AUGGUGGCUGCGCGGCUCGUCGCUUGCCUGUCCCUGCUGGCGGGCGUCUCGCUCCAGGUGGACGUGAAAAGUGCCAAAGACGCGGGGAAAGCCGGGAAUUUCAUGGAAGACGAGCAAUGGCUGUCAACCAUCUCCCAGUACAGCCGCAAGCUCAAGCACUGGAACCGCUUCAGAGACGAAGUCGAGGAUGACUACAUCAAAACCACGGAGGAGACCACGGGUUCUGAUGAAACCAUGGACAUCACCAAGGACCCGUGCCAGAAUGUGAAGUGCAGCCGCCACAAGAUGUGCGUCGCUCAGGGCUACCAGAGAGCCAUGUGUGUCAAUCGCAAGAAGCUGGAGCACAGAGUCAAACAGUCGGGGAAUGCAGAGGCCGGUGAAAGCAGCUGCAAGCCCUGUCCUGUGGCGGCCUCCUCACCUGUGUGCGGCUCUGACGGACACAACUACGCCUCCGAGUGUAAGCUGGAGCAGCAGGCCUGCCUCACAGGCAAGGAACUGAACGUCAUGUGUGCCGGUUUCUGCCCGUGCGCCACAGCCUCCGUCACCGUCACGAGCGCCGACACCAAACGUGAGAGCUGCACCGGCCAGGACCUGGCAGACCUGGGCGACCGCCUGAGAGACUGGUUCCAGCUCCUUCAUGGAAACGCCAAGCGGAAUAACUCUGGCAAGCUCGGAGCUGGCACCGCUUCAGUGCUGGACAAGAGCCUGGUGGCCAGCUGCAAGGACUCCAUCGGCUGGAUGUUCUCCCGGCUGGACACCAACAGCGACCUGUACCUGGACCAGGCCGAGCUGGCCGCCAUCAACCUGGACAAGUACGAGGUCUGCAUCCGACCCUUCUUCAACUCCUGCGACAGCUACAAGGACGGGAAGGUCUCCACGGCGGAGUGGUGCCUCUGCUUCUGGAGAGAAAAGCCGCCAUGCCUCGCCGAGCUGGAGAGGGUCCAGGUGCAGGAGGCGGCCAAGAAGAAGCCGGGGAUGUACAUUCCCAACUGCGACGAGGACGGCUACUACAAGAAAGUGCAGUGUGACCAGAGCCGAGGGGAGUGCUGGUGCGUGGACCAGCAUGGAGGAGAGAUGAUGGGCACCAGAAUCCAUGGCAACCCCGACUGUGAUGAAGUGGCUGGAUACUCUGGAGAUUUCGGGAGCGGUGUGGGAUGGGAGGAUGAAGAGGAGAAGGAGAGGGAGGACACCGGUGAGGAGGCGGAGGAGGAGGAAGAGGAGGAAGGCGAGGCUGACGACGGAGGAUACAUCUGGUAG